AUGAGGAAAGCGGACACUUCCAACCCGAAAAUUUUCCUCCAGAAACGUCAAGUAAAAACGUGGUUAAGACUCGAAAAAUAUAUCCCUUCAAGAUGUUAAAUGUGUUAAUGAGAAGUGGAGGAAUCGCCUUUUUGAUAUAUAUGGCUGUCAUUUCCCAGCCUGGCUCGUCUUUAUUCUCGUUCCAUCCUUUUCUAAUGACAGCAGCUUUUACAGGUUUGAUGACAGAAGCCCUAUUAAUAUUUUCCAAAUCUGGCCUGGCCGCAGGUGCCCUUCACAGUACGAGAGUAACUAUACACUGGAUUCUCUUAUUAUUAACCGCAGUCUGUCACAGCCUGGGGUUUGGAGCCAUCUAUUUCAACAAAGAGUUAAACGAUAAGCCGCAUUUUACUUCCUGGCACGGCACAAUAGGUCUUGUAGCUUCGGUGUUCCUUGUCCUUCAGCUAAGCGUGGGUGUGUUUGCCAAGUACCCAAAUCUCCUGAAAAUGUUCAUGCAUGCAAGGAGGGUGAAAGCCAAUCAUGCGGUAGUUGGGAUGCUGACGUUUAGUCUAGGUAUGGUCGCCACUUUACUUGGGUUUUGGAGUACUUGGUUUGCCAACAAUUCAUCGGCAAUGGUGUCGUAUGGCUUUAUAGGAUUCCACGCUGUUUUGCUUGUCAUAAUAGUCCAGAAAGUUUUAAAGAAGUAUGUGUUAUGAUUAUGAUUGUUGUUGUUAUUUUGUCUUUGUGUUUUGUUUUUAAUGUUUGUGAUUGAAGUGUGUUUUCCAAUUAGCUUGCUGUGUUAAUGGUGUAAUUUUCUGGUGAAAAAAAACUAGUAUUGCAUAUACAAAAAUCCCUAUUGCAAAUGCACUGCAUAAUAAUUAUUAUGGUGUAUUGUGAUUACUUUCCAGUGCUACAUGACUAAAGGUAUGAAUUUUAAUGUUUUGUAAAUUAUUUAUAAAAAAAAAUUGUAGUGUAAAGUGAAAAUUGCAAAAAGUGAUAUUUUAGGAUUGUGGGCAUUUGGUAUCAGGAAAUGUAUCCUGGGAUACUUCUGUUUUUAGAUAGCAGACUUCAGCUUUAUGUUAAAUAUUUCGUACUUUGGUGCUUUACGAAAUGAGACAUAUUAUUAGAAUCAUAAGCAAUUCUAUCUUGCAACUGUCUUUUGUACAUUAUAUUUAACAGAUUUACCAGCAGCCUGUGAGGUCAUUUAUUGGCUGAGUAUUUGCUAGUUUAGCCACUUCUCAGACUUGUCAUAUAUAUAUUUGGAUUCAUGCAUUCAGCCUCAGUUGUCCAAAGGGGAAAUGUCCAAUGCCUGGCAGCUAAGCGUUGGUCAGGAGCAUUUCACCUUUGUUUAAUACAAACUACUGCUGAUACUGAUACUAUUAGUGCAGCUAGUUCGAUUAUUAAUACUGUACUGUACUUAAGCAGUAGAUGUUUUGUUAUCUAAUUCUUGAGUGUCUAUUUCUGAAGAAAGAUACAGCAACUUGGAUCUGUUGUUGCAGCCACUGUAAUUUUAAUUGCCAAGAAGUUAAUUUUUGUACAAAUAGUAUCAGUGUU